AUGUUGUGCAACGGCGCAUUUAGACAAGCUAGCGUAGAAAUACUCAACAUAUGGAAACAUGUAAUCAAGCAGAAAUCNUCCUCGUUGGAAACUCUAACGAAAUAUCCCGAAUCCCGAUUAGCCAAGCUGUUCAACGGAAGCAUACCAAUAGUCUUGGAUUCUCUCAAGCAGCACUACUUCAUUGACAGGGACGGAGGAAUGUUCAGACACAUCCUCAAUUUCAUGAGGAAUUCUCGGCUUUUGAUACCUGAAAACUUUCAGGAUCUCGAUUUAUUGCUAGAAGAAGCAAAGUACUUUGAUAUUUCACCAAUGGUACGACAUCUGGAACAAAUGAAAAAAGAUCGGAUAAAAAACGGUAUAGUUCCCCAAACAAACAUAAAGAGUCUCACAGGAGGUAGUUCGAGUCAAUUCCAAAGAAAUUCUGAAAAUUCCCGGCUAGGUCAAGAAAUAUAUGAAUGCGUAGCUCUACACGUCAGUCCAGAUCUUGGGGAAAGGAUCAUGCUUUCCGGUAGUAGGUCACUACUAGAUGAAGUGUUUCCCGAAACUAAUCAAGCCGUCAUGGAUGCCAGAUCUGGGGUUGCUUGGAACCAACAAGACGCCCAUCAUGUUAUCAGAUUCCCUUUGAAUGGAUAUUGCAAACUCAACUCCAUGCAAGUGAUAACCAGGCUGCUGAACGCGAGCUUUCAAAUUGCUGCCAGUAAUGGCGGAGGUGUGGAGGGUCAACAGUUCUCCGAGUAUCUUUUUAUAAGAAAAGUACUGCCAGGCUGACCAGCUCCCUUCAAGACUUCAGACAAUCAUCGCGUGCGACGCAAAAAGAACUAUUUAUAUUUUCGUUAAACACAAAAAGAUUUAUUUGAGCCUUAUAUUAAUUGUUAAUGCGUUGUUUCAAGCUAACUUAUGUAAAUAAUUUUAUUAUCAUGAUUAUUGUAAUUGUCCACGCCGCAGAAAGAUUCACCUAGAAAAAUUCAAAAGUAAUUACUUUUGGGUAAAAUAUUGAUCCCAUGGACGAACAAAAUGUUAUUCUGACUCAGAUUUGGCAUUCACUGUAUUAAGUCUGUGAACUUUAUUGAAGAUAUCUUUAGAAUCA